GUUUGAACCAAAUGCAAUCAAUAUCACCUAGCAGUUCUACAGUCUACAACUUUAAUGUACACCCGCCAGCAUAAUCCAGAAGCAUUUUUACUUGCUGACUAAUGUACGCCCUUACGAUACCAUCUUCACGGUUGCCCACGCCGUAUUCCUACUGCUUGCGUCACGAACUUGCAUACAGGAGGGCACCUACGACGGGGAGACGAAGGGAGGCGUGCGUGAGGGCAGGGGGCGGCUUGUGUGGUCAAACGGGGACACAUACCUGGGAGACUUCCACAACGGACUCCGACAUGGUCAAGAACGGAGUUUUUGAAUCGAAGCGAGGCAUUCGGUACGAGGGCGAAUGGCGCGUCAGCCGCCGGCACGGCGAAGGGUCCCAGGAGUGGCCCAACGGAGAACGGUAUAAUGGGGGCUGGAGAAACGACACGCCGGACGGCCGAGGCACCUGGCUAAAGCGCGGCGGAAGAUACGCCGGUGAUCUGCGGGAAGGGGUGAAGCACGGCAAGGGUGUCCUGAAGCUGAGGAACGGGGGAGAGUAUGACGGCCAGUGGGCUCGAGGGCGGAUGGAAGGCUUCGGGGUCUACAUCUGGCCCGACGCCAGGAUCUACAAGGGGGGGUGGGAGGCCGGCCUGAGGCACGGGGAAGGGACCCUCUCUUUGCCAUCCGGGGAGAGGUACAGCGGGCAGUGGAAGGAAGGGAAGAAGCACGGGGAGGGCGUGUGGAGGUGGAGCAACGGACGAACAAGGCGAGGUGAGUGGCACAACGACGUGCUGGUGGGCUGGACCAGCGCCGAGGUCUUCGGAAACCAGCCCCCGAAGCUGAUAACGGCGGGCGGAGGCGGCGGCGGCGGCGGCGGCGGCGGCGGCGGCGGCGGCGAAAGUAGCCCUAAACGACGCGGCCGCGGGGACGACGGCAACAGCAAGAGCCUGAAGACUGCAGCGUCGGCCACCACCGGCAACAAGAGCGGUGUUGGCACUGCUACGAACCCGGCGAGGGCGGGUGUCAACAGCGGCAGUGACAACAAGAGCGGUAAACAAGAAGGAGCGAAUCAAUACAACAACAGCAGUGGUGGUGGUAGUAGUAGUAGCAGUGGCCCGAACGGGACGGGAGGCGGCAGGAAGGCGUUGACGAAAGGAAGCGGCGUUUCGGGGAGAGGGCCGACGGACGGCAUCGGAGGGGGCAGCAGCAGCCCGACGACGGCGACACGGCGGGCAAACAAUAGUAGUAGUAAAAGCCCGAAGCAGUAGCCCGUGGGUUGUCGCUACUCUGCUGCAUGGGUCCACUGGAGGGGUUGUAGUCAAGGACUGUAAGAAGUUACUUGCGUUGUUGUCGAGCUCAAGCUUCGCACUCUUCGGAGGCGGUCGGCACCUGACGUUUGGUUUGCUAGGCCGACCAAGAGAGUUGUUUUUCCGAGAAAAACAAAUAAGACCACAACAACUGUCA